AUGGCAGGCAAUGGCCCCCUUUACAUGGGCUUCGACCUGUCGACACAACAACUCAAAGGCAUCGUCGUCGACUCGAAUCUGAAAUUAAUCCACGAAGCCAAAGUCGACUUCGACGCAGACUUGAAGAAAUAUGGCAUUGAGAAGGGCGUCCUCACGAAUCCCGCGGAAGGCGAAGUCUUUGCGCCGCCUGCCAUGUGGCUCGAAGCGGUUGACUUGGUGCUCGAUCGACUGAAGGAAGCUGGCCUCGAGUUCGGUCGAGUCCAAGGGAUUUCUGGUGCGGGCAUGCAGCAUGGAACGGUGUUCUGGUCUCGAGAUGCUGAGAACCUGCUCGCCAGCCUCGAUGCUGGCAAAUCUCUGGUCGAGCAAUUGGAGCCCGGCAGCAAAGGCGAGAGAAGAGGAGCUUUCGCCCACCCCAUGAGUCCAAACUGGCAAGACGCCAGCACGCAGAAGCAAUGCGACGCUUUCGACGCCGAGCUAGGCGAUCCGGAGACUCUGGCCAAAGUGACUGGCAGCAAGGCACAUCAUCGAUUCAGCGGACCGCAGAUCCUGCGGUAUCGAACGAAGUACCCUACGCAUUACGAGGAGACGGCGAGGAUUUCGCUGGUGUCAUCGUUUUUGGCUUCGGUGUUUUUGGGGCGCGUGGCGCCGAUUGACAUUGGGGAUGUGACCGGGAUGAAUUUGUGGGAGAUCAGUAAGGGGCGUUGGCAUGAUCAGUUGCUUGCUCUUACUUCUGGUGGCAAGGAGGGAGUUGAGGAACUCAAGAAGAAAUUGGGCGACGUCCCUGAAGAUGGUGGUGCUGCGUUUGGGAAAGUGAGCGAGUACUUUGUGAAGCGGUAUGGCUUCGCAAAGGACUGCAACAUCAUCCCUUUCACCGGCGACAACCCAUCGACCAUCCUGGCCCUCCCACUCCGCCCAUCAGACUCCAUGGUCUCUCUGGGCACAAGCACGACCUUCCUCAUGAGCACCCCCGAAUACCUCCCGGACCCAGCCUACCACUUCAUGAACCACCCAACAACCCCCGGCCUCUACAUGUUCAUGCUCUGCUACAAAAACGGCGGCCUCGCCCGCGAACAAAUCCGAGACGAACUCAACAAGACCUCCGAUUCUCCAGACCCCAACAACACCUGGGAAACCUUCAACAAAACCGCCCUCUCCACCCCGCCCCUAUCCCAAUCCACCUCCUCAAAAGAAGAAGAACAGAUGCGUCUAGGCCUCUACUUCCCCCGCCCCGAAAUCGUCCCCAACCUCCCAGCGGGCCAAUGGCGCUACACCUACGCCCCGCAAACCCACACACUCACCCCAACCCCCUCAGCCUUCAUCCCCUCCGACGCCCGCAACAUCCUCGAAUCCCAAUUCCUCUCCCUCCGCCUGCGCUCCCACAACCUCGUCAAACCCGUCCAAGACCCCACCACAGGCACACACCUCCCCCCACAACCCCGCCGCGUCUACCUCGUCGGCGGCGGCUCCGCGAACCCCGCCAUUGCGAAAAUCUGCGGCGAGGUGCUGGGGUCGGUGGAAGGGAUCUACAAGCUGGAUAUUGGAGGGAAUGCGUGCGCUUUGGGGGCCGCGUAUAAGGCUGUGUGGGGGUGUGAGCGGAGGGAUGGCGGGGAGACGUUUGAGGAGUUGAUUGGGAAGCGGUGGGAUGAGGGGGCAUUUGUGAAGAGGAUUGCGGAGGGGUAUAGUGAGGGGGUGUUUGAGAGGUAUGGGGAGGCGGUGGAGGGGUUUGAGAAGUUGGAGCGGUUGGCUUUGGAGGAGGUGAGGGAGGGGAAGAAAUGA